CCACUCAUGUGAGAAGAGUGUGGUCACCAUGUAAAAGAGCCAGCGUGGGUCUAGGUGGCGUCUCCCCCACGCUGGGAUUAGCUGUCCUUCUCUUUGCCCUCCCUGAAUUCCAUUCCGCCUUUUACUUUCUCGGCUUCCCUCUCUGCGCUCCGGAGGACUUCCCAGUGACUUUGCGUGGCCGCAUUCAGCCCCACUCUGACUAACUCAAAGUCCCAAAGUACUGCUGCUGCUGCUGCUGCAGCGGAGAGUGCGCAGGAAGGAGAAGAAGCACGUUUGGAGGUCUCGACAUUUGGCGUGUUUCCGCAACCUUUCCCCCCCCGCUCUCCUCUUCCUUAGGGAAACGAGCGCGAGCAGGGAAUAGUUUUUACCUGUUGAUGAGGUCCCACGGGUGGCAGAGGAGCAGGCGCAUUCAGUGUGAAAAAAACUCGCUCCAGCAGCGGAUCGCGGGAAGCGAGUAAAGGACCCAGGGAUUUUUUUUUUCUUCCUUUUUUCCCCAGCAGAAGCAGCCUUUGCUGGGUUGGUGGGAAAAUGGGCUCUCCGACCUCCUGGAGCUGUGGACUCAUGGUGCCUUUGAUACUCGCAUGUCAGCUUGUUUCUGUGAGUCAGGCCUCCAAGGUGUGGGGAGAGUUUCCGCUUCCAGAAGAUUUGGAGUCAGAAAAAGAUGUCCGGGCAUCUCUGAGUUUACUGGAUGACGAUGAGGACUUUGCAGCUGAUGAAGUUUCAGGAGACCAACCCAGUGGGGAGGAGGAUGGCAGCACUCCAGAGCCUGACAGCACAACUAUUGACCAACUGUUGGAGUCUUGGUAUCUGGGACACAUACAGAGCCCAAAUGAGGAGCAGUACAUUUAUUACCGAGCUCUUGUCAACUUCACAAACUCCGUGGUUUACGGCCCUGACCUCGAAGACAUCUUUUCUCCAGAGUAUAAGGAAAUUUCUGAAGCAGUGAUGGACACGCUGGAGUCUGAGUACAACAAGAUUCCAGGUGUCCAGACGGUUAAUGUGGUCCUGAUCAAAAAAAUGAUAAGAGAGGAUGGAGUUGAUAUCUUUGUGGAACUUGACGUGGGCUCUGAAUACAACAGCAAUGAAGAACAGAUCCGCACCGUCCUCUACAACGUGGUGAAGGAAGGAGCUAUUGCUUCCUACAUCACAUCAGUCCAGGGUUUUCAGUUCAGGCAGCUUGGGAAAGUAGAAACUCUGCCUUCAGUGGACCCUAUAGCAGUGCCAGUAACGCCCAUUAAAAGGCCUUGCAUGGCUGACGAGUUCAGGUGUGGUGAUGGAACAUGCAUCCUGAUGGACUACGUGUGUGACAACAGACCCGACUGCACAGACUUGAGUGAUGAAACCAAUUGUGAUAUGAUUAGGUCCAUCCCUGUGGUCGCCACAACCCCUGCUGCUAUCACUCCCACUCCUGGACUAGCGGGCCCCCGGCCUCCCAUCCCACCUCUUCGGUGCAAAGCAGAUCAAGCUAGAUGCCAGAGUGGAGAAUGCAUUUCUCGAAUUUUUAUUUGUGAUGGAGAACGGGACUGCCAAGACGGUAGCGAUGAACUGAGAUGUGGUACGCCGUCUCCCUGUGAGCCCAAUGAAUUCAAAUGUAAAAAUGGCCGCUGCGCCCUCAAGUUGUGGCGUUGUGACGGCGACAACGACUGCGACGAUAACUCUGAUGAGACCAACUGCCCUACCAAAGGUCCCAAUGACAGAUGCAGUCCUGAGCAGUUUGAAUGCCGUAUUGAUAAAAAUUGCAUCCCAGCCAGUUACCAAUGUGAUGAAGAGCCAGACUGCGCAGAUCGCUCCGAUGAGAUCGGCUGCACCCCUCCUACUGUGGUGAGCCCACCAGAGGAGUCAGUCGAGGCAGCGCGGGGGUCGACUGUGACGUUCACCUGUCAGGCUGUUGGCAUUCCAACACCCAUCAUCACCUGGAGACUCAACUGGGGGCAUAUUCCCAAAAGCGACAGGUUUGUUAUGACCAGUGAGAAUGGCCGCGGUACCCUUACUAUUCGUGAUGUGAAAGAGGCAGACCAGGGGGCGUACACCUGUGAGGCCAUCAAUGCCAAAGGCUUGGUGUUUGGUAUCCCUGAUGGAGUAUUGACUCUCAUCUCUAAUCCAAACCCUAAUCCAAAAGAGAAUUGUCCCGAUGGUCACUUCAGGGUGGAUGACAGCUGCAUCUCCUGCUUCUGUGCUGGAGUCUCAAAGAACUGCAAGAGAACCGGACGCUACCGAAACCAGAUUAGCCUGCGCUUCACUGAGGAGGAGAACUUCAAAGGAGUUAAUGUCACCUACCCCAUCAGGCCAGGUACUCCACCCCUCUCUUCCACUCAGCUCCUCAUUAACCCCGAGAUGGAAGAGUUCCAGCUUGUUGACUUGUCUCGCCGGUUCAUCAACCUUGAAUCCUACUGGACCUUACCUCGGCGGUUCCUUGGCAACAAAAUUGACUCAUAUGGAGGAUCCCUGAAAUUCAAGGUGCGAUACACACUUGCUCGCGGCCUUUCUGAGCCAGUGGCGAGAUCUGAUGUGAUCAUAGUAGGAAACGGACGCAGGCUUGUGUAUCGCAGAGGCAAUGGCACCCCUCCCAAUGUGGUCAACCAGAAAGAGAUCAUAUUCACUGAAAGCCACUGGCAGCACUCCAACAGCCUCCCUGUCAGCCGCGAGGAGCUGAUGAUGACGCUGGCCGACCUGGAGAGCAUCAGCAUCCGCACCGUCUAUGAUAACCACAUGGUCAGCGCAGCGCUCAGUCACAUCGUCAUGGAUACCACAACAGUGGAGUUCAGCACUCUUGGCCAUGCUAAGGAUGUUGAAGAAUGCAGAUGUCCUCCCGGAUAUACGGGCCUGUCUUGUGAAAUGUGUCUCACUGGUUUCGAGCGCGUCCCCGGUGGUCGCUAUCUUGGUACCUGUGCAGGCUGUAACUGUAACGGACAUGCCACAGCCUGCGAUCCAAUCAGUGGAUAUUGUCUGAGCUGCCAACACAACACAGAGGGCCCCCAGUGUGACAAGUGUCGCCCUGGCUACUUUGGCGAUCCAACCCGAGGUCGUCCUGACGACUGCAAACCCUGCCCUUGUCCAUACACUGAGACAUCACGGCGGUUUUCCGACACCUGCUUCCUGAACGUUGACCAGCAGCCAACGUGUGAUGCCUGCAGGCCAGGAUACACAGGAAGACGCUGUGAAAAGUGUGCUCCUGGUUACCAGGGUAACCCCCUCCUGCCUAAUGGAAGAUGUGUUCAAAUUUCACCCUCCACUUGUGAUAACAGAGGAACUAUCAGCUCCAGCAGCAGGCCAUGCAGCUGCAAGAACAACGUGGCAGGCGAUUUUUGUGAUGAGUGUAAGGCUGGAUUCUUCCACCUAUCAGAGGCCAACCCUGAAGGCUGUUUACGCUGUUUCUGCAUGGGGGUGUCCUCACAGUGUGCCAGCUCCUCCUGGAGUAGAGAUCAGGUGCGAGGAGGAGUGAAUGGGCAGCUCUUCACCCUCUCAAACAGCGGAAACACCAGAACAAUUUCUGAUGGCAUCCUCCAGAGGGGCUCCUCUGUCGUCUACCGCCCCUACUCAAGCAGCUCCAGUGAUGUCUUCUUCUGGGUGUUGCCUGAGAGCUUUAGAGGAGAUAAGGUGACGGCUUAUGGCGGGGAGCUCAGCUACACCGUGACCUUUGAACCUUAUCAGCGCUCACUGGUGGUUGACGGACAGCCAGACGUGGUUCUCCAGGGCAACGACAUCUUCCUGGAGCACUACUCUCAGACGAAGCCCCUCCCACGAGCAUCACAAGCUAUGACUGUGAUGUUCAGAGAGUCUUCAUGGCGUCGCUCUGAUGGGCAGCCAUGUACUCGGGAGCACCUGCUAAUGGCGCUCGCUGAUGUUUCUCUGUUCAUGAUCCGAGCCACCUAUGUUGACAGCAUGGUAGAGACCAGCAUCUCAGAUAUCAAGAUGGACAUCGCUGUUCCUCAUGUUACUGGUAGUGAACGAGCCCUGGAGGUAGAGGAAUGUGCCUGCCCAGUGGGAUACAGAGGAGCUUCUUGCCAGGAGUGUGAUGUGGGUUAUGCGCGGACCACCUCUGGUCUGUACCUUGGCACGUGUGAGAGGUGCAACUGCAACGGCUACGCCAGCAGCUGUGAUCCAGAGACCGGCAGGUGUCUGCAAUGUCUUCACAACACUGACGGAGAGAGAUGUGAAAAAUGCCUGUCUGGAUUUUACGGAGACCCUACAAGGGGUGGUCCGGUGCCCUGUAAGCGCUGUCCCUGCUAUGGAGCCACUUCCAAUGCUCAAUUCUCCCCAGAGUGCCACCUGGGCUCUGACGGUCAACCAGUCUGUGAUACCUGUCCUCCUGGAUUGACAGGCUUGCGCUGUGAAAGAUGUGCGCCAGGAUAUAUUGGCAACCCGCUGCGGGGACAGGAAUGUGUGCCUGACAAUGAUAUCAAUGGCAACUGUUAUAACUGUAACCAAGAUGGCAGAGAAAGCUGCUCUGGUGGUGUGUGCCUGUGCAAGAUGAACGUUGAAGGUCCAUCUUGCUCCACCUGUAAAGCGGGAACCUUCCAUCUCAACCAGGAAAACAAAGAUGGCUGCUUGUCCUGUUUCUGUAUGGGUGUCACUCAGCAGUGCACCAGUUCUACAUACUACAGAGAUGUGGUCUCUUCUGUCUUUACUCCAAGAAACUUUCAGGGAUUUGCUCUAGUAAACCGCCAGAGGACCAGUCGUGUUUCUACUGGUUUCACUGUGGAGAUUUCCACCGAAGGCACUCAGCUGUCCUACAGCAACUUUAACUACCUGGGACAGGACCCACACUACUGGCAGCUUCCAGAUGUUUACCAAGGAGAUAAGAAAGAUUCUUACUUUUCUCGUAUCAAACGAGCAGAUCAGAAUGAUGUCAAAAAGCUGGAUGAUGAGGUCUGGGCAAUUCUGUCUAACUUCUCCAAUGGACAAGCCAGUUUCCCUCCAUUUCCCCCCCCUCCUAAAUCAUCUUCAUUUCCCUCCUCCCGGGUCCCGAACUCUUCUUCUCCUCAAUGGUCUUUGCAUAACCUGAGCCCCUCCUCUCCCGCAUCCGGUGUUUCUUCCUCUGUUAGACCAACCCGGCCCCAGUCUUACUCACCAGGCCACGCCCCUCGUCUGCAGAGCAAGAACACUUUCAGCAAGUCUGCUGGUGCUUCUGGAGGCAGCAGUAAGUACGCUCUGGUCUACAAAGGUUUCAGCUCGCAGCAAGACGAUGUGCUGUACUGGCAGCUCCCUGAGCAGUUCACAGGGGAAAAGGUGGGUUCUUAUGGUGGCAAACUGAAAUACACCAUAACCUAUGUGACCGGUUCCAGAGGAACAGAACUCGAAGAUGCUGACGUUCAGAUCAUUGGUAAUGACAUCACACUGGUAGCCCGUCAGGCAUGGCAGAGGAUCCAGCCGGGCGGCAGAGAGAGAAAACAGUUCGAGAUCAUCUUUAGGGAGGAACACUGGCGUAGACCUGAUGGCAUGCCUGCCACCAGAGAGCACCUGAUGAUGGUUCUGGCUGAUCUGGAUGAUAUCCUGAUCCGAGCUUCCUACUCCACUGAUAUGCGCUCGUCCAGCAUCUCUGACGUCAGUAUGGAGGUGGCUGUGCCCAACUACAGUGGCUUGGCACAGGCCUUUGAGGUGGAGCAGUGUCGCUGCCCGCCUGGCUACCAAGGACUUUCCUGCCAGGAUUGUGCACCUGGCUACACCCGUACUGGAGGAGGUUUGUACUUGGGUCACUGUGAGCCCUGUGAUUGCAAUGGCCACUCUGACUCCUGCCACCCGGAAACUGGCACCUGCACAAGCUGCCUGCACAACACACAGGGAGAUUUCUGUGAGCAGUGCGCCCCUGGCUUCUUUGGCGACCCGACUGCUGGCACCCCGGAAGACUGCCAGAGAUGUGGCUGCCCUCACACUGACCCAGACAACCAAUUCUCUCCUACAUGCGAGAGCCUUGGUAAUGGAGACUAUCAGUGCACUUCCUGCCAGCCUGGCUAUACUGGAAAGUACUGUGAACGUUGUGCUGCAGGAUAUGUUGGCAACCCACAGGACAGAAAUAAGUGUCGCCCAAAUGACGCAGCCCACCUGGAGGUGAAAGUGUAUCCGGAGCGGUUUGUAGCCACACCUGGCAGCUCUGUCACACUGCGCUGUCAGGUCUCUGGAUUCCCUCCACACUACUUCUUCUGGUCCAGACAAGAUGGACGGCCCAUCUCCAGCAGCGCUGACAGACGCAGACAAGGAGCGGAGCUGUACUUCUCCAGCGUCCAGCCGAUUGACGCUGGCAUCUACAUCUGCACCUGCCAAGACCAGCGUGGCUCCAACAGGAGCCAUGCUGAGAUUAUUGUCGCAGGUGGCCCAACUAAACCCAUAGAGGUUACAGUUGAGGAACCUAAAUCUCAGACCGUGAGGGUCGGCUCCACUGUCAACUUCAUUUGUACUGCAAGGAGCAAGUCACCGGCCUACACACUGGUGUGGACCAGGAAAGGCAACAGGAAGCUUCCCAACCGCGCCACAGACUUCAAUGGCAUCCUGACGAUUCAGAACGUCCAGCCUGAGGAUGCGGGCAUCUACGUUUGCACGGGUUCCAACAUGUUUGCCAUGGAUGAAAGUAGUGCCACCCUCUACGUGCCAGAGGCCUCACAGACUCAGAUGUUUUACACAGCCUAUGAAAUGUUUGAAGGACACAGAAAGCCUGCGGAGGGGGCCCAACCCAUAGCAACCAUCACCCCCUCGGUACUAAACGUCCGACAGGGUCAACGGGCAGAACUUCGCUGCACCGUGACUGGAAACCCAACACCAGCUAUAGAAUGGAUCGGUGGUCCAGGAUACAGGCUGAGUCCAAGAGCUGUGAUAAGAAACGGCAUCCUCACAAUCCCAGCUGCAGAUCCGGCUGAUGAAGGGGAGUACACCUGCAAAGCCCUGAACACUCAUGGCGAACACACAGCACGGGCCUCCCUCCAUGUCCAAAGAAACACCCUCAGUGGUAUUGGCACUCAGCCCCAAGUCCAAGUCAGUCCUCAAAGUGUCGACAUCCGUGAAGGGGAACCGUUGAGGUUGUACUGCAGGGCAACAGGUUCGCCCACCCCAAAGCUCACCUGGCUGAAAAAUGGAGGACAGCUCCCCCCAGAGGCCAUUCCCUCUCACGGUUUCCAUCAGUUUAAAAGCAACAGUCUCGAUGUGUUACACAGACGUAUUGAGGAGCUGCAGGCCCAAACGGACCGCACCGACAUUGGCACUCUCUUCAUCCCUAACAUUAAACUCUCUGACGCUGGCACUUACGUGUGCGUUGGUAGCAACAGUGUCGGCUCAAACAGCACUCCAAUUCGGGUCACUGUUCUCAGAGCAGAGCAUUCCUUUUCUGUUGUCACCAUCCAGCCGUCUAUCGCUGAUGUCCAAGAGGGUCAGACUCUGGAACUGAACUGCUUUCCUCCUGGAAAUCCUCCUCCCAGAGUCAUCUGGACAAGAGCCAGCGGACACUUCUCUGCCAACCAUCAGGUUGUUGGCAAUAAGCUUCGUAUCCUUUCCGCCACUUCGGAGGACUCGGGAGAGUACAUCUGUCGGGUACAGGGAGCGGGGAGCUCAGGCCCGGUCCAUCAGGCCUCUGUCUCCGUCUCCGUCACUUCAUCUUCUUCACGCCUACAGAGUCCCAUCAUUGGUGUUGAGCCCCACAGCUCUGCAGUGCGUGUCGGGGAGUCAGCCAGCUUCAGAUGCCAGGUGUACAGUGGAGCCCAGCCGGUCAGGCUGGAGUGGAAACUUGCCAACAACCAGCCUCUGCCAGAUAACGUCCGAGUUAACUCUGAUGGCUCCGUUAUCACCAUCGUCAACGCUCGCCCAACAAACCACGGAGCCUACCGCUGUGUGGCGAGCAAUCCGUUUGGCAUCACUCAAACCAUAGUGUCUUUGCUUGUUAAAGAGUCUCCUAGGGCCAUUGUUACCCCUGUUGGGCCCCUUCGGGUCAGGGUAGGUGAGCCUAUUAACCUGGAGUGCCAAGCUUCAGGAGAACCCCGCCCUUCAGUGUCAUGGCACAGACUGGAUAACAACCGGAAGACCACCCUAACCAGUCCUGUACCCAUGGACUCCAAUGCAGUCAUGCAGAUUCUUGUUGCCCGUCCAGAAGACAGUGGGACGUAUGUCUGUGUGGCUCGUAACACUGAGGGAACGACUGAGACCAGAGUAGAAGUGAUCAUAGAGGGAGGAUCUCAAAUGCCCUCAGCACCGAGAGCCUUGGUUCCUGAGCCGCUCAUGGUCGUGGUGGAGGGACAGACCGCGACUCUGCGCUGUGAUGCCUACGGAUUUCCCUCUCCGGUUAUUAUGUGGUCCAAACUGCGCUCCACUCUGCCUUGGAGGCACAAGGUGGUGAACAACAGCUUGGUGCUGCAAUCUGUCGGUCGACAAGACUCUGGAGAAUACAUCUGCAGCGCCACAAACAACAUGGGAACUAGUGAAGUCACCAUCAUGCUAGAAGUAGAGACUCCUCCUUAUGCCACUUUGGUGCCUGAUGACGUGGCUGUACGGGUCGGAGAGGUGAUCAGGUUGCAAUGCCUGGUCCAUGGUACUCCUCCCUUGACCUACAAGUGGACCAAACUGGAUGGUGUUCUGCCUUCCAGAGCUCAGGCCAGCGAAGGCGAGCUGCAGAUCGACCUGGCCACUUCCGAGGAUGCUGGGAGCUACAAAUGUGUGGCCAGCAACAGAGUUGGCAAAAGCCAAGUAGUUGCUAAAGUCACAGUCAGAUCACCUCUGGCGGUGCGUGUUUCCCCCCAGGUUGAGGUGAAAGCUCAGGGCAGUGCUGUGGAGUUCACCUGCUCUGCAGCUGGAGGAGUUCAUACCAAGAUUGAAUGGUUGAAGGAAGGAGGAGCCUUGCCUCCAAACCACGACAUAAAGGACGGUGUUCUCAGAAUUGAAAACUUGGAGGAGAGCAAUGAAGGUGUUUACAUCUGCAGAGCAACCAGUGCAUAUGGUCAAGCACAGGACACUGCAAGACUAACCAUUCAAGCUCUGCCAAAGGUGAUGAUUAAUGUACGAACCUCAAUGCAGACCGUGAUGAUUGGAAACGCUGUGGAGUUUGAGUGCCAUGCUGUCGGUGAUCCAGAGCCCACAGUCAGGUGGAGUAAAGUUGGAGGCCCACUUCCGUCACACAUCAUGGUGAAGGACGGCAUGCUGAGGAUCAGUCAGGUGACCGAGGCAGACGCCGGCCAUUACCGCUGCACAGCCACCAACGACGUAGGCUCAGUUCAGUCUCAAGUGCUGCUCAACGUCCAGUCUCUUCCGCAAAUUUCUGCACUGCCAGAAACAAAGGAGGUGACUGUUGGGUCUGAUGCAGUCAUGCCCUGCUUAGCUUCAGGAUAUCCAGUCCCUGAUAUCAAAUGGACAAAGUCGGAAGGAGAACUUCCUCCUAAGUGCUUCCAGGAAGCCAACGUGCUGACCGUUCCUCAGGUCACCCACGAGGACUCCGGCACAUACAUCUGCACCGCCUCUAACGAUCACGGCAAAGUGGCAGCUUUCACCAAACUUGAAGUCCAUGAGAGAGUGAUGCCGUACUUUGCCCAGGAACCUGUGUCUUACCUCACACUGCCAACCAUUAAAAAUGCCUACAAGGCUUUCAAUAUAAAGAUCAACUUCAGACCUGAUAAUGUUGAUGGUCUCAUAUUGUAUGCUGGCAUGAUCCUCUACAACGGCCAGAGAAGAACAACAGGAGCCGACUUCAUCUCCCUGGGACUUGUGAGUGGACGCUUGGAGUUCAGGUUUGAUGUGGGCUCUGGCAUGGCCACCAUACGUGACCCCCACCCCAUUAAACUGGGAGAGUUUCACACAGUGGAGCUCUAUCGCAACCUUACUCAGGGUUAUAUCACUGUGGACGGCGGGGAGCCCAUCAGUGGAAAAUCACAGGGAAAGUUCCAGGGCCUUGAUCUGAAUGAGGAGCUGCAUGUGGGUGGUUACCCCAACUACACAUCAAUUGUAAAAACAGCUGGCAUUAAGACCGGUUUUGUGGGCUGUAUUCGUCAGCUGGUCAUCCAAGGAGAGGAAGUAAUCUUUAAAGAACUCGACCGCAGCUCCACUGGCGUCACAAACUGUCCCACCUGCAAAGAUUAUCCAUGCCAGAAUGGAGGAACGUGUAAGGAUUCAGAGGCCAGCUUGUACAGGUGCACCUGCCCCCGAGGAUUCACAGGCAGCAACUGCCAGCAUCACUCGUCUCUGCACUGCCACUCAGAGGCCUGCGGACCCGAUGCUACUUGCAUCAACCGGCCGAACGGCCUGGGCUACGACUGUCGCUGCCAUCUGGGCAAGUUUGGGAACAAAUGCAUGCAAGGUGAGCUGGUGAUGACUCCACUGUUUGAUGGGGAUGAGUCGUACAUAGCCUACCCACCCCUGACCAUUGUCCAUGAUGACCUGCGUGUUGAGCUGGAGUUCAAACCACUGGAAAGGAAUGGCCUGAUGUUCUUCUGCGGCGGUAGAAAAACCAAGGUGGAAGACUUUGUGGCCGUUUCAAUGGUGGAGGGUCAUGUGGAGUUCAGAUAUGAACUCGGCACAGGACAGGCAGUCCUUCUCAGUCCUCAGCCGGUCUCCCUGGGCCAGUGGCACAGAGUUGUAGCUGAGAGAAACAAGAGGUCUGGCCACCUGAGGGUGGACCAGGGCCCAGUGCAAAGGAGGAUGUCUCCAGGAAAAGCCCAGGGCCUCAAUAUCCACACUCCAAUGUACCUGGGAGGAGUGCCGAGUAUGGACAUCCUGCCCAAACCGGCAAAUAUCACUCAGAUGUUUGACGGUUGCAUCGGAGAGGUUUCCAUCAACAACAAGAAGGUGGACUUGUCCUACAGCUUCACAGAGAGCAAAUCAAUUAACAAAUGUGUGGACAACAGUCCCUGUGACCGCCGGCCCUGCCUGAACGGUGGGGAAUGCAUGGCCAAUGCAGAGUAUGAGUACCAGUGCCUGUGCAAAGAUGGAUUUGAAGGUGAACGUUGUGAGGUGGUGAAAUUUGUGUGCCAGAGCGACAUCCAGUGCCAAAAUGGAGGAACUUGUGUUGAAGGCAAAUGUGUAUGCAUGUCUGGACACACAGGCCUCAGCUGUGAGGAAAGCCAGGUCUUCAGCUUCGCCGAGGCCCUGCGGAGUUCAGAAACCAGCGAGGCGAAUGAUUCCCCCUAUCAGUAUGCAGCUAAUUUCCAAAGUGACGGGUACAUUGCCCUCCCUAAAUCAAUUUUCCCAAGAAGUGCCCAGGAUGCUCCAGAGACAAUAGAAAUGGAAAUUAACACCAGCUCCUCUGAGGGCCUGAUCUUAUGGCAGGGAGUGGAGACGAAAAGCGCACGAAAUUUGCGAAAGGUGCAUGCUAGUGAAAAGGUACCUGGAGAACAUAGCAAAGGAAAGGACUUUAUCAGCCUUGGCCUACAGAACGGACACCUAGUUUUCAGUUACCAGCUGGGCAGUGGAGAGGCAAGAAUAAGAUCAACAACCGCCAUCAACGAUGGAAAGUGGCAUAAGAUCACAGCAGCCAGAGUUGGAAAAGAUGGUUUCAUCCAAAUUGAUGGAGGAGACGAACAACAUGGACAAUCUAAAGGCAAAAGCCUCAUGGUUAACACCAAAGGCAGCAUAUACCUGGGUGGAGCUCCAGAUAUGACUGCUAUGACAGGAGGAAAAUUUUCAUCAGGAAUCAGCGGCUGUGUUCGGAACCUGAUGCUGACGAAUGCUCGGCCUGGACUGCAGCCUGGCCAGCCGAUUGAUUUGCAGGCUCACGCUGCCCAAGGCAUCAACGUUCAGCCCUGCUCUUCAUAGACAUGCAUACACCAGGACACCCACUCACACAAGCACACGCACACAUUGAGAGACUACGGAGUGAUCACACAUGCAGCAGACUCCCUCGGAGAGACUUAACACUCAUAGAGCCUGACACAAACGUGGUGCUUUGCUGCAACCAAAAAAAAACACAAAAUAAAAGAAAACAAACCAUGACGCAACUGAUGCUUUUCUCUGUGUGCAGCAAAACCAAAUAGAGAGGAAAAUUUAAAACAAUAUUAACAAGUCUUCUCUGCCUCAGUGUUGCAUUCUGAAUGAAGGACUGAAAAAGGAUGAGUAGUAAGGUUUUCAUACUUCCAGCAGUACUUUUAGCCAUGAGAAGAUUAUUAGUAGAGCUCAUUAGCCCUUCUACGAUAGGUCAGGUCCUAUGGAGUUGGAGAUAUUUUGACAGCACUGAAUUUUUUUUAUUUAUAUACAUUUGAAUAUAUAUAAUGUUUGUGGGGGAAAAACAUGCAAACUAACAUUACAACUGCUCUUUAUCUUUCCUAGAAUUUGUUCUGGGUUAUUAUACUGUGUGUCUGAGGCUUUUUACAGGCCCAACUCUACUGUUACUUGAAAAUAUGUAGGCCUUUUUUUUUCUUCACUUCUGUAGGGAAAUCUCUGUCUGCGAGCAUGCUUGGCAAACUGUUGGGAGAUGAACACACAUGGUCACAGUCACAUUCAACUCCAGUACACAACUCAGGAUGCCAAAUACAAGCAAAUAACAAUUGUUUAAAGUAUGACUGUUUAUUUGUUUUAUUUUCUUUUACUUUUAAGUAAGUCACAACACUUUUUUUAUGUCUUCUCUUUCUUUAUUUGUUCUUUUUUAUGAACAGAAAUGAAACUUGGUGCUAAUUUUCACACAUGAAGAUGCAACGUGUGUCUCUGUUACACGCAGAGGUCUUUUUUUCUAGUAAUUUGGCGUUAGUUGUAGUUUUUAAAAAAUUAAGAAGUAGUAGUUUAUUUGUUGAUAUGCAUGAAAUUUCACAUAGCUCUAAAAUAUGGCAUGGUUUGUUGCUUUGUUGCCUUUUAUGAUUGAGUAGAUCUCAAAAAGAAGUAAAAACUUUUGAAAAAAAGUGUAAUUUUUUUAUGUGUGGUUGUGUUGAAUGUGUUAUUUUAUGUGUUUAGAUUAUCUGCCAGCCAGGUAGAUAACAAUGUCAGUUGAGAAAGUGAGUGUAUUCAAUAUGUUGCUCAAGUAUGUUUUAACUUUAUCUGUUUGCAGCAGGUCACUCCAUUUUAAGACAGGAGUGUGUAUGUGUCUCUUUCCAUAUCCUCAGCAGGGUCAACCCAGAACUGCCUGCCUCAGAUUUUUAACUCUAAUGUCGGGUUUGGUAGCUUUAAAUUCAACGUGGAAAGCUAAAAACCUCUGAUGGCGCUGUGGGUUCUUUACUCUGCAGAGAUAGACUCAUCUACAGCAGCUCAUAUUCAUGUUCAGUCAGAAGAAACCUCCUGCAGCGUGCUGUGAUCUGUAGUGUAGCUCCGAUAAGCAUGCUCACACGCUUCCUUUCAACCACAUGGCAAACCAUAAUCACACAAUUAUUUGGGGUUUUGGAUUUUUUUCUUACUGUUAGCUGAAAAUAUUUGUUUUGAUAUUCCUAAAAUGAACAUCUUUACAUUUUAUUUAUUUCUUUCAUUUUGUUCUGCUUUCUUCCCUGUUUUUCCACCGCUAUUGUUGAUUGCUUAGCAUUCUAAUAUCUGGGGUUCUUGCCUAUUGCCUCCCAUACUCGAUUGUCGUUCCCCCACUCAGCAAAUUCCUCUCAAAUUGCCCCCACGAAGUGCUAGACUGGAGCUUCCCUGACCCAGUGGAUAAAAACUGGUCUUUUUCUUUGAAACAAUAAGUCUUAGGCAUCUAGUGCAUGAAUGCAUGAGAUUGGUGUUAUCAUGAAUGAGCAGGAGCUAUGGUCCAGUUGUGGUUGUUGCCUGCAUUUUGGGUAUCUGACCUUAUACUGGAUUGUUACAUAUAUGAUAUCAAUUAAUACAAACUUGUCUAGAAACAGUUGCUGUUUAUUGGUUUAGAUUUUUUAUUUUUACCUUUAUUAUGUUGAAAAGUCCACUUUAAGUAAUGACUGAAAUUUUUAUGUGGGUUCCAUGAAAAAAGGGUAUUUUUUACUUCUGAACAAAAUUUGGGAAUUAACUUAAUGAAAGUACUGGAAUGUAAUUUUGAUGUCAUUAAGAUCUGGCUUUUUCAUUACCCAUGUUGGAAAGAUUCCCCCGUUCACUUUAUGUUUCCUAAAUAAAAACAAAAUUCAUGUGCUC